GCUUUCGUGGGAACAACACACGACGAUGACGUCAUUGACCAACGCAUCACAUCUCCACGUGCUGCACUAACAGGUUCACGUUUCGACGACUGGCCCCGCCCCCCCCCCAACACCACACCCCCACCCACACCGCCACAGACGGAAGUACACGGCACCAAAAAGGGGAGCCAACCUAAGAAUGUCCGCGGUCGAGGAGAUGGGGAUAGUCCUCCAGCACGACAUCGACGAGCAGUACCAGUACCAGCCCGGGGAGAUCAUCAGGGGCCACAUCAACGUCAAGCUGUCCCGACCCACGGCGAUCAGGUCCAUCAAUGUCAAGGUCAGUCACGCACCCGAGCCUGUCAGGUUCGGUGACUUUGUAUUUAAAUUAAACCCGAAGAAUAGUAGCCACUUAGAGAGGUAGCCACUUAGAGAGGUAGCCACUUAGAGAGGUAGCCACUUAGAGAGGUAGCCACUUAGAGAGGUAGCCACUUAGAGAGGUAGCCACUUAGAGAGGUAGCCACUUAGAGAGGUAGCCACUUAGAGAGGUAGCCACUUAGAGAGGUAGCCACUUAGAGAGGUAGCCACUUAGAGAGGUAGCCACGCAGAGAGGUAGCCACGCAGAGAGGUAGCCACUUAGAGAGGUAGCCACGCAGAGAGGUAGCCACUUAGAGAGGUAGCCACGCAGGCUUCAGGCUCCGUAAGCCAUAAUUUAUGACUUACUUUCAUUAAAAAUCAUCCGGUUUACUGCUGGCGGUAACGUUGACUGCAGUCAAAGAAAACGUUGCCAAAAAAUAAAUGAGUCGCGAGCGAAUCGACGCACUGCCUGCACCAUCGUGAGGACGUUGUUGUAAAGGAAAAAAAAAAAACUUGAUUAUUCCGCAAAUGUAAAGACAAGUCUCGAUAAAUGUUGAGGACUAAACUCAGAUACACAAAACCAUGACAUAAUAAACAUGACAUAAUAAAUACAUGACAAUGAACACAUUACACAAUACACAUGUUACUUUGACCUGAGACGUUCAUAUGAUAACCCCCCCCCCUCCAAACUUUUCGAAAAUGCGUCAUAUAACUUCUUUGAUAUUUUACACUUUCAUUUUUUCAUGGCUGUUAACAAUACACCGAGAUUAGUCUCCAAUAAUCCAGUUUAAUCUCCAAUAAUCCAGUUUAAUCUCCACUAACCCAGUUGAAUCGUGUCUUUGUCCAGGUAUACGGUGAGGGCAACGUCAGUUGGAAGGACGAGGAGGAGCAGGUGUUCCAGGCCAAGGAAGUGUACGUGGACGCGAUCAAGGCCGUGGUGGACACGACGCACCUCGAGCCCCUCAGCCUGCCCAAAGGGCAACACGACUUCCCGUUCGACUACAUCCUGCCCGAGAACAUCCCGAGCUCUUACAUCGGCAAGUACGGCAACGUCACCUACACCAUGAGGGCCACCGUCGCCGGCGUGAAGAGCUCCGACGCGUCCAUCUCCAGCGAGCCGUUCCUCGUGCUGCGCCGAGCGGCGAUUCCCGCGGCGGCCAUGCAGCCGCUGACCCUGAAGAAGGAGAAGAGGAUGUGGGCGUCCUGCACGUUCGGCAACCUGUACGUCAGCGUGUCCCUGGACAAACAGGGCGGGGUGCCCGGCGAGGACAUCUUCCUCAAGGCGGAGAUAAAAAACCACAGCAGGCGCACCGUGACGGCCAUGCAGGCGGCGCUGCUCAUGAACAGCGUCUUCCGGGCUCAGAGCCACCAGACGGACUUCCGGCAGAUCGUCAGCAAGAAGCGGGACGAGUUCGAGGUCUCGCACAUGGAAGGGAGGCGGUGGACCUUCGUCCGGCUGCCGCUGCCGCCCUACAUCCCGGAGUCGAAGCUGGAGUUUUGCGAGUUCAUCGAGCUCGACUACGUCUUCCAGUUCCGGGUGGAGCUCGCGGGUGGAUCAGAGAUUCGGAUGGAGGCGCCGUUCUGGGUGGGCGGCCUGCCCCAGGGCCUCGAGGUGCCGGCCGACGAGAAAGCCGGCCUCAAGAUCAACCGGCAGUGGACCGUGCGGGGGUCGAAAGGACUGGAUUUCUCGGACAUUACGGAGGAGUCGAAAAUGGAAUACGAUGAGGGGUGGGGGGUAGAGGUGGUGCCAGAGAUGAGGUCGGAGUCGGCCGUCAUCAGCAAUCCGCUCUUCCGUCAGAACUCUUUCUUACAGAAGGGAGUUAAGGUGAUCCCGGAGGAAUUCAUAGAAAACACAAAGUUGUGACAAGUGUGACAGAUGAACUGCUGUGGUGGAUGUGCCACUGACAGUUGUGAUAAGUGUGACAGAUGCACUGCUGUGAUGGAUGUGACACUGAAGGUUGUGACAAGUGUGACAUAUGAAUCGCUGUGACAGAUGUGACACUGACAGUUGUGACACUGUGACAGACGUGACGUGACCGUGUGAGAGUGGAGACCAUGUGACAUCAUGAGACCACUUGGCAGACUCAGUGACACCAUGAAGAUGUGAUCGCGCGCGCAUAGAAUAUCACGUGACAAUGACAAACACGUGACAUCGGUGACAUGUUAAUGAGGUUUGAUGAAAUUAAGCUCUGCAACCUAACAAUGAAAUGUCACAAUGACCAGUAUGGACCAAUUGGCAUGUCAACAAAACCUAUUAUAUUAUAGGCCAAUGACAUUAAAAAAAAACCAGUAUGGACCGAUGAAAUGUUAACAUAACCCAGUAUGGACCAGUGAAAUGUCACCAUGACCCCAGUAUGGACCAAUGUAUCAAGCAUAAUUCUGUGAACAGGACGCCUUACAACUUUGCCGACGGUAUUAUGCAACCCAUUCCAAACAUCUGGGAGACAGAAGAUUCAAAGACUCUGUAUGUGUUGAUUUAAAACUAUAAGCAAUAUUUAUUUUUAUUAUUAAACAAUGAAUUAUAGCAAAACAAAUGUUUGAAUAUUUUUUGUAUCAAUAUUUUCAAAGCAUAAAAUACAUAUUUCCCACUUGUAUGACAUUUUCUUAGUGUGUAUUGAAACUAUAGUUGCUUGUUUCGUUAAAAAAAAGAUUUCAUGACUUAGAGUUUUGAGGACAGUUGAAUACAAUAGCAGCUACAUGACUCCGCAUAAUUACACUUACAUCCCUUGCACAAUUACACUGUCAAUAGCUGCUGUUCUAUCAACACCUAACUAACUCCCCAAUGGCUAUUGAUACGGCAACUGUCAAUAGCUGCUGUUCUAUCAACACCUAACUCUCUCCCCAAUGGCUAUUGAUACGGCAACUGUCAAUAGCUGCUGUUCUAUCAACACCUAACUAACUCUCCAAUGGCUAUUGAUACGGCAACUGUCAAUAGCUGCUGUUCUAUCAACACCUAACUAACUCCCCAAUGGUUAUUGAUACGGCAACUGUCAAUAGCUGCUGUUCUAUCAACACCUAACUAACUCCCCAAUGGCUAUUGGUACGGCAACUGUCAAUAGUACUGUUCUAUCCGCACGUAUCAGACAUAGACUAACGUCUUAGUCUUGUCAUUCUGUUAUGAUGCACACUAAGACUUCCUUCAUACAUACAAUACAACUAUUUUAUAAGCAUAACGGAG